AUGGGUGCUACGGAGCGAAACCUGCGUAAGAAGGGCUGGCAUGUGCCCGCGCGGGGCAGGGUGCUCCAGGCAGCGCGGGCCGGCUCAUGGGCAAACUCCUGGAGGCUGGGCCCCACCGGGGUUUAUCGCCUACAAACAACUCACUGCCUGCACCGUGUGGCUCUCUCAGCAGCUCCGGGCCUGCUCUGCCGGAUCCUUGCUCUGCGCUCCGGUGUGGGCGUGGCUACCCAGGUGCGUGGUGUCCACUCAGGCGUGGCUGCUGACAGCCCCAGCAGCACCCAGCCCGCCGCGUCCACAGCUGGAGCCGUGGCCCCCAAAUCCUCCGCACUUCCCAGCAGCCGAGGCGAGUAUGUGGUGGCCAAGCUGGAUGACCUCAUCAACUGGGCCCGCCGGAGCUCCCUGUGGCCCAUGACCUUUGGCCUGGCAUGUUGUGCCGUGGAAAUGAUGCACAUGGCCGCGCCCCGCUAUGACAUGGACCGCUUUGGCGUGGUCUUCCGCGCCAGCCCGCGCCAGUCCGACGUGAUGAUUGUGGCCGGCACGCUCACCAACAAGAUGGCCCCAGCGCUCCGCAAGGUGUAUGACCAGAUGCCAGAGCCACGCUACGUCGUGUCCAUGGGGAGCUGUGCCAACGGAGGAGGUUACUAUCACUACUCGUACUCUGUCGUGAGGGGCUGUGACCGCAUCGUGCCCGUGGACAUCUACGUCCCAGGCUGCCCACCCACAGCCGAGGCCCUGCUGUACGGCAUCCUGCAGCUGCAGAAGAAGAUCAAGCGGGAGAAGAAGCUGAGGAUCUGGUACCGCAGGUAGGGCCGGCCCCUCCGGCCCCUGCAGCACCCCUCAGGAUGGUCAAUAAACCGAUAGACCCA